UAUAUAGGCUAUUAUAUGCUUAACCAAAUAUAAAUAUAUAAAUGGGCAGGAUGAGCGAAUGUGAAAGCUACUCAAAUCGUACUGUACAGUAUGUCUAACCAGCUCUGCAGUCAAGCGCCCUUAGCGCCACCCGACCUUCCGCCCGCAUGCAAGUGCGUCUCCUUUAGUUAAGUGGUUGGAGUGGCUACUAUCUUUUUUUCUCAACAUCGAAAAGUUUUAUAUUCGCAGCAGCACCCAUUCAACGAAAUGCAGUUCGCGACUUUCCCAGAUUAUCGGACUGUGUUAUUUAAGGAGAGACAGCAGAUGGACUGACCUACUCGAUGCCUCUAUCUGGAGCCGUGCUGUAGAUAUAGAUGGCUUGUCUUCUGACUAACACAAGAUGAGCAGAGAUGGACCUCAGUGGACAGGACAACAUGAGACAUUUAUGAAAAGUUUCCCCGAAGAAGCCCUUCUCGCUCGGAUCAAUAACAAUGUCUGUGAAUGUCUCGCGCUUGAACAGCACACUUCAGCCCGAUCUCUUUAACGUUACCUACAAUGUUCCUGUUCUCAUAUUUGGGGUUUUGCUAAUUAUUGUGAUCAUUUGUGGAAAUGCGCUUGUGUGCCUUAGUGUUUACAAGGAAAAAGCCUUGAAGACAACGACGAACUAUUUCAUAGUUAGUUUGGCUGUGGCAGAUCUGCUGUUGGCAGUUUUGGUUUUACCCCUGUUUGUCUAUGCAGAGUUUCAAGGUGGUGUCUGGUCCUUGGAUGUGACUCUUUGCGAUGGACUCAUGACCAUGGAUGUAAUGCUCUGUACAGCAUCAAUAUUCAACCUUUGUGCAAUCAGUGUGGACAGGUUUAUAGCAGUGUCCAUACCACUUAACUACAACAGAAAGCAUGUCGACUAUCGGCAGAUUCUAUUACUUUCUGCCACGUGGCUGUUCGCGUUGGCUGUGGCGUCUCCUGUCAUCUUUGGAAUAAACAAUGUUCCACAAAGAGACCCCAGAGAAUGCAAACUUGAAGACAACAAUUAUGUAGUAUAUUCGUCUGUCUGUUCCUUUUUCAUCCCGUGUCCCAUCAUGCUCCUACUGUACUUUGGGAUGUUCCAUGGCUUGCGGAAGUGGGAAGAAUUACGAAAAGCCAAACUGAGAAACAGUAUCCAGGCCUGCCGCAGUUUGCAGCAUGCUGCAGUGGCUGCCGCUCUCCCGCCUUUGGGGGCUCUGCCUGCGUCUCUGCCCCGGGUCAUUGAGAGGGACUUGGCCCAGUCCAGUCUUGAGGAGCUAGAUGACUUCACACAGGCCGUCUGCCCCUUCCCACCUGAGUAUAAAAACAGCCCCAUUCAGACUGUGCCCUACCCUGACAUUCAAUAUAGCCAGCCAGCUCAGAGAAGGAAGAGGGAUAAGAUCAAUGGAAGGGAGAGAAAAGCCAUGAGGGUUUUACCUGUUGUUGUGGGUGUCUUCCUCUUCUGCUGGACUCCUUUUUUUGUAGUUCACACUGCACGAGCCCUGUGUGGAUCCUGUCACAUCUCUCCACACCUGAUGAGCACAGUGACAUGGCUAGGUUACGUGAACAGUGCUCUGAACCCAAUUAUCUACACGAUCUUCAACACUGAAUUCAGAAAGUUCUUCAGAAGAUUUCUUCCCCGCUGCUGUUGAGAUCCACCAAACAGUCCAAGACAUAAUUGCCAUCAUUUAUGCUAAAGACAUGUACUUGUAAACUGGACUGCAACUGCAACUGGACUCCUAUCAAUACUUCAUUUGUUUGUGCCUACCAUGUACUACAUCCGUAUUUUAUAUAUGGUGGAUUUUAUUAUUAUUAUUUUUUUUUUUCAGUUCAACAGAACAUCCUCAAUGGUGCCUAGAUCAUUUGUGCAGCAUUUUAAAAUACCCCAUGCUCUGUUAAAAUAUGCCUCAGUCUGAGUUAAGAUUAACGAUGGAAAAUUCAUAAUGCAUUGCAUAUUUUAGAUCAAUGAGAUGUUAUUGCCUGCAGGAAUAUUUUCAAUUAAAAGACCACAAUGUGCAAACUGUGGCACUGCAUAUUUUGA